AUGUUGGAUAACCAGUCUGGAGGUGUGCCGGGUCUUAAUGAAGACAGAGACUCCACCACACUUAGUCUUCCUGAUCUCAUUUUGGGGUUCAUAGAAUGCAACUCAUUCAUCACUGAAGUGUUUCAGAUCCCUAAAGUUCAAGUACCGGAAGGGCAUUCUGCUUGGCUGAACUGCAAAUUUACUACAAAUAAGACGAUUUACAAGGUGUCCGUGGAGUGGCAUAGAGGAGUGCCACCAAACCACAUUCUAAUCUACCCAGAAUCUUUGUACAAAGACAGAGUUAUCCUCGACGCUGAGGCACUCAUAAACAGCAGUGAUGCAUCCAUUCUGUUCACCAACCUUACUGCAGAGGAUUCCGGGACAUAUUACUGUAAAAUUGGGACAAUAUAUAAUGACGUAAAAGGAAAAGGAACAAAGCUGGUUGUGCUACGUACCUCUGCAAGAGCCAUUACGACCUGGUUAGCCUGUGAGGGUACUGGAUGCAUCUGUGGGAUCGUUCUACUUAUUCUGCACGUCCUUGUCCUACAUCAGUGCUGGGCUAUGAAAGGAUGCAGAAAGGCAAAAAACCACAACACACAGGAGCAGAUUAAUAUGAACAUUAAAUGGACAAAAGACAUAACCUCGUCAAAAAACAAUGUAUCCAGUUGUGAAGGUGAUGAAAGUAUUUAUAGCUUGCCUCACUGAAGUAUCUGGAUUUUGUAAAUACCUGUGAAGAGCAAGCCAAAGGCGACUGAGUCUCCAAGCAAAAUAGAUUGAUUCUCACUGCCUCACUUUAAUCUUUCUUAUUUUCCUAUUUUAUGGCUUUAGCUAUUAGUAUUCACUUCCUUAACACCAUUGAGCUUGAGUUCAUGUUCUCUUUCCUAUGGAUAAACAGCACAAUCUUUUUCCGUCUUACACACACGCUCACACAUUCAUGCACACACACACAUGGCAUGUACACACACACAUACACGCACAUGCACAUAAAUAAUGGAAAAGAAGUAGUUGCCAGUAAAAUAAAUAAUUAUCUGAUGCAUCUGCUUGUGACAUCAGAAAAAUCAAAGAUGGCAACCAAUUAUAAAUCACUUUAUUUAACGAUUAAGUGUUGUGUAUUUCAUUUAUAUAUUUGUGUAACAAGAAAGCUAUAACACAAAUUGCAUUUGAUAAAAUACAGCGACCAUUAACAUAAAAUUCUGCUUGCAUACUAAUGAAAAUAUAUAUACAAAUAUAUGUAUAUAAAUAAAAGCACAACCACUCAUUUUGCAGACAUGUUUAUGCUGCACAGCCUUUUGUAAGUACUGCACUACCUUUUUGCAUUUUUGUAUUAAAAUGGAAAAAUUUGUUUUUCCUUUUUUUAUCAUAAACUAAAUGGAUUAAAUGUGGACACACAAAAGAUUAACAUACAUAUGAGAUACUAGAAAAUAGAAAGCUGAUAAAUGAGUAUUUUCAUGAGAAUGUCUCCCUUUCUACUUCCUGAAGGGCUUAACCCCAAAC